CUCUUGCCAUUUUCCUCCACAAUAUUCCUCCAACUAUUGAUCCCCCCCACACUAACAACGUCCCCUCAUAUUCUCUGUGCGCGCGCGUGUGUUUAGCCACAAAGAAGAUACAUCAUCUAUGGCUUCAUCCGCUACUGAUUCCAAAACCCCGUCAAACGGCAUUCAAUACGAGGGAGUGGAUGGUACCGACCAGAACGUCCUGAAAAAACAUGUGGCGUUCUUCGAUCGGAACAAAGACGGGGUUAUUUAUCCUUGGGAAACUUUUCAAGGUUUUCGUGCAAUCGGCUGUGGUUUGUUAUUGUCCUCCUUCGCUGCCAUUUUCAUCAAUGUGGGUCUCAGUCGCAAAACUCGCCCUGGUAAAUCCAUUUCUCUAUCCUUUCCAAUUGAGGUCAACAACAUCCACAAAUCCAAGCAUGGGAGUGACUCUGGUGUCUAUGACUCAGAAGGAAGGUUUGUUCCUUCGAAGUUCGAGGAGAUUUUCAACAAGCACGCACAUACAAAUGCAAAUGCCUUAACAUCGGAGGAACUACAAUCAAUGCUAAAGGCAAACAGGGUCCCAAAGGACUUUGGAGGAUGGCUUGCAAGCUUUGUCGAGUGGAAGAUCUUGUAUAUUCUUUGCAAGGACAAGAAGGGCUUGUUGCAGAAAGAUACAGUACGAGCCGUAUAUGAUGGAAGCCUGUUUGAACAAAUGGCAAAGGAGAAGGCUUCGUCCGGGAAACAAGCUGUUGCUUCAGUGUAAGAUAGGCAAAAUUGCAUGGAUAUCUUCAUAACGUUGGGGGCGUGGUUGUUGUUGGAUGGUCUUGAUUGUAGAACACCUAGUAGAAAUAGGUUUGCAGUGUGCAACAAUAGUUGAAGCAUUUGUUGAUUGUUUGAAUGAAAUUCGUGUGGACUUGAUUUACGAGUGUACUAAAAUAAUUUCCAGUGACGAUAAACAUCUCUACGAGAUCUAGAAUACAUAUGUACAAGUAGGUUUGUAGUGUGUAACAUUAAUGGUUGAAGCAUUUGUUGAUUGUUUAAAUGAAA